AUGAGUUCACUACGGCCGAACGGCCCCAGGCCGAGUGAGCUCGAGCGGAACCACAUUCUGAAUGACAUCGUCGAAAAUAUUGAAAACCGUUUUGCCAGAAAAUACAACCUAGUCGAUUACGGUACUCUGAAGAAGGAAGUCCUUAUUCCUGUGAUCGAAAAGGAGUUCAACUCAGAGAUUCAGCUUCGCGGAUUCCUCAGGGCAUUUCGGAACACAUCGGCGUUCAAAAAUUCAUUUGAAAGCAUAGGUGAUCCCACCCUGAAGAAGCAGAUUACCGCCUUCAUCGAGGGCAAGCCGUCCGACGACGCGGUUCGCAACCAUGACUUCGAAGUUUCUGGCCAUCCCUCCUUAUUGUCUGUAUUCAAGAACUUGUUUGUCUGUGCCUUGCAACUCAAGGAGGCAAUCAAAAACAUAUUCCCAUCGAGGCACCGUUAUGUCCAAGACCUACCGGAGUUUUGGGAAGAUGAGGAGCAAACUAUGAAGGUGGUGGUUAAAGGUGUUGAGUUCGAAAACUGGGGUCAGACGGUGAAGAAUACCCCGCGGUGCACAUGUGUUCCUACAACUGUAUACGGUGUGCAGCAGAUUGUCCGUUACGCGAAGCAACAUGACCUCCGAGUCCGUUGCGGCGGCUACCGGCACAGUUGGAGCAAUAUUUUCUCGCAAGACAAUGAGAUUUUCAUCUCCCUACUUGACCUGCAUCAAGCUACGAAAAUUCCUGACAUAAUCAGCAUUCUCCCGGGGCAAUUCAACGCUUCCAACGGCAAUCAGUUGCGGACUAUUGAGCUUAAAGAGCAAAAUAAUGAAGGCAAAAGACUGUGUCGCGUUGGUGUAUCCGUGACUAACGAGGAUUUUCGGCGCUGGGCGAUUGCCAAUGACGCUUGGAGCUUGCCAGUCGAUGUCAUUCUUGUCGAGGUCACAAUCGGUGGUGUCAAUGGCCCGAUCUGUCAUGGCGCCGGUUAUGCUCACAAAACGGUCUCUGACUAUGUCCAGAGCGUUGAGUACGUGGAUUGUAACGGUGAUUUUCGAACUGUUGACGAUCAAGUUGACAUCAAAGCUUCCGCUGGCGCUUUCGGGCUCCUUGGAGUGGUGACGCACAUAACCUUCGAGCUCGAUGCUAUGACAUACGCAGUAAUGAAACCCCUUAAAGUCGACAUCGGUCUGGCUAUCCCCCCAAUUAACAAGGAUGAUAUUCCAACUGCGCUCCAAUCCGACUGGUUCCACUCAAAUGAUGCAUCAAAGAAACUUGCCGAUGCCAAGAUAGAGUUUGACAACCGUGCAGCAAAUCACUAUUACUCUGAAUGGUUUUGGUUCACCUACCAGCGUAAAGCUUGGGUAAAUACCUGGAACGCCACGUCUGAUCCUACUGGAGUUGAAGAGUAUCCGGAUGUGGCGCAAACUUUCCUGCAAUGGAUUCAAGGCUGGCUGGGGGGAGUUAUCACUACCGUCCCUCUCUUUAACGCUCUACCGGGAUAUUGGCAAGCACAGCUGCUGGCUACCAACGGAAUGGCCGCCCUCCCCCCAACCAAUGGCGAGGAUAGCACACCGACCAUAAUAACGGCUCUACCUAAUGCGCUGCAUUUCCGGCGCGGUAUACAAAAUAUGAGAGUUAGGGAUACUGAGUUCCAGAUUCCGAUCCCGCCCCGCAGGGACGAUCCCACCAAGCCUGACUUCUCCAUCGUCCAACAGGCAUGGUGGGACGUCAUCAAGCUGGUCUACCAACAGGCCGAAAGCAAAGAUGACCCAUCCUCACCAAUGCGGCUGACACUUGAGCUGCGUAUUAUGGGAGGCAGUGACGUGAUCAUGGCGCCUCAGCGAGGUAAUAGCCUAGGUACCGCUAGUAUUGAGGUGCUCACCAUCCCUGACGCUGUGGCGGAUGAUGAAUGGAUGGAUUUUAUCCAAAAAGUCGCCGACAUCUGGAUGUCAUACGGGGACGAUCUGAACGUCCGCCCUCAUUGGGCCAAGGAAUGGGAUGGUCUUCAAUUGAAAGGACAGGAUGCGCGCAAGUAUUUGAAAAACGUAGCGUACCUCUCGCAGAUCGAUGAGUUCCGUGCUGCGCUGCGAAGGAUCGGCAAGCCUCACGGCUGGGGCCUAGACGAGCUUCGAAGUCGAUUUUCUAAUGAGCUUUGGGAUGAGAUUGUUUUCGACUAA